GCUUUCUCUUGAUAAUUGUAUCGGCCUGCUUGUCUCUGCUCUCAUUUUGUUUUCUACGUUACACAUCUCCCUGGACGGCACCUUUAAAUUCCUCUACUCGUGGAAGACAUGUCGGGGACAAACUUUUUAGACAAGGCUAUUGAAAUUAUCAACAAGGCAAUUGCCGAAGACACUGCUGGCAAUUAUGAGGAGGCGUACAAGCUGUACAUGAAUGCACUGGAGUGGUUCAUGACCGCGAUGAAGUACGAAAAAUACGAGAAGCGGAAGGAGCACAUUCGCAAGAAGCUAGCGGAGUACAUGGACCGGGCUGAACAGCUCAAAGAGCUGAUAGCAAAACAGCAAGGCAAGCAGAAAGCUGUUGCGGUUGCAGGAAAUGGCGGCGGCAAGAAGAAGGCUGACAGUAAGGACGACGACGGUAUAGACAGCGAGACGAAGAAGCUGCGCCAGGGCCUGGAAGGCGCGAUUCUUAGCGAGAAGCCAAAUGUACACUGGGAUGACGUGGCCGGACUGGACGGCGCCAAGGAGUCGCUGAAGGAGGCAGUGAUUUUGCCGAUAAAGUUUCCCCAGCUGUUCACGGGUAAGCGCACACCUUGGCGCGGCAUUCUGCUGUAUGGACCUCCAGGGACAGGCAAGUCGUACCUUGCCAAGGCUGUUGCGACCGAGGCCAACUCGACGUUCUAUGCGGUGUCAUCAUCCGACCUUGUGUCCAAGUGGAUGGGUGAGAGCGAGCGGCUCGUCAAGAACCUGUUUGCCAUGGCUCGCGAGAACAAGCCGGCGAUCAUCUUUAUUGACGAGGUAGACUCGCUGUGCGGCACGCGCGGGGAGGGCGAGUCCGAAGCGUCGCGGCGAAUCAAGACAGAGCUCCUGGUACAGAUGAAUGGCGUUGGCAACGACGACACGGGAGUGCUAGUGUUGGGCGCGACCAACAUCCCGUGGGCGCUGGACUCGGCAAUCCGCCGGCGCUUUGAGAAGCGCAUUUUCAUUCCACUGCCUGACCCAGCAGCCCGGGCUCGCAUGUUCCAGCUGCACAUUGGCAAUACGCCGUGCACGCUCACACAGCGCGACUACCGCAUGCUGGCCGAGCAGACUGACGGGUACUCGGGCUCCGAUAUCGCUGUGAUUGUGCGCGACGCGCUGAUGCAGCCGAUUAGGAAGGUCCAGUUGGCCACUCAUUUCAAGCGUGUGGUUCGUUCGGCCGACCGCUCGGAGCCCAAUGGACCCCAGCGCGAAUACUGGACCCCAUGCUCGCCUGGUGAUCCGGAAGCCAUCGAGAAAACAUGGUCAGAUGUGGGCGGCGACGAACUGUGGGAGCCCGAUCUGACGCUGUCUGAUUUCUUGAAGGCUGUCAAGAACAGUCGCCCGACAGUCAACGAGGCCGAUCUGAGCAAGCAGAUAGAGUUUACCAAUGACUUUGGCCAGGAGGGAUAAGCGGGCUGCACGCGUUUUGUGGUUGUCAGCAUGCUGAAAAUUAUAUUAUACGGAUGUA